AAUUUCAGAAUGUGAAACAAGGCUGCCAGUAAAACGUUGCCAGAUCGUAUUAUAUCGCAGUAGACCUCCCAAGGACAGGAGUCAGGACACCACCAGGCAGACUAAUCUCCGCCCUGAUGCUGUUGUUUGAGACCUGCACCAAUAUCUCCACCAUCAAGUUACAGCGCCAUCUCAAGCCAUACAGGAGCCUUGCCAUCCUGCUUGUAGUGCUAGGUGUUAUUUGUGUGUCUUACCUUCACGUAGCCUCUCUUAAAGAUGAGUUGAUAUCACGACUAAACGAGAGCGCCGGUACAAUAGAUGAAGUGGACCUAGACUCGUCUCUUUAUGAGAACGGCGACAAGAAGGGGGUGGAUAUUAAAAUAGUGAGAGGGGGAAAUAAAUAAAGAUGGAGGACCUGAUGAGAAAGGGAGGGUUUGCUCCUAUUAAGAAACUAAAGUUAACUACUGAGGAGCCUCCUGUGGAGAUUCCAGAUUUCUUUCCUAAGAUAGAGCACAACUGUAAGAUGAACAUGAAGCGGGUGGCUGGAGCCUGGAUCUCCCACCUAAAGGACCCGGGGGACGCCCAACACCGCCACAGAACCGACUCCUGGAACCUGUGCUUUGAUGAGACCCUCACCAGACUCAACGCCUUCCGACCCCGGGGCACGGGGACUACUUGUGUUGUAUACUCGUUCGGAAUGGAGAACAACUGGUCGUUUGAAGAGGACAUGCUGCUUCACAACUGCGAGGUUCACAUGUUUGAUAGCUCUGAAGAAGUACACUCCAGUGUUAUCAAGAGGAAAGUCAGGAACUUGUCCAUCCACAGAGCUGUUCUCAGCGACCAGAACUUUCAGAAAGCGGCUUUCAUACAGGGCGAGGACAGAGAGAAAGAGAACCUGCCUCCAGAUAAGAAGACGCUGUCUAGCAUCAUGGAGGAACAGGGCCACACCAGAGUGGACGUCAUCAAGCUGGAUAUAGGAGAUGAGCUGGCAGCAUUAGAGGAAGCCUCCAAAGCGUUGGUUGAUGGGGUUGAUCAGAUAUUACUGGAGGUACACAUGCACAUAAGUGAACAUGCUCACGACUCUGCUAAACCUGAGCACUUCGAGCAGGCUACUAUUGACAAGUGGACCAAGUUAUUUACAUCACUACGAAAUGACGGUUAUAGAGUUUACGAUAUCAGGGCUAAAGGUACUGACAGACACGGUAACAUCAUACCCAGGCACCAUUACAGCUGCUGUUACCGGCUUGCUAUGAUCAAGACUCCUUACAGGGUCAAAGAGGUAAAGGACCUUGAGGACCUUAGUUUCGAUGUGUGACACGUGCCAUUACACGUGACACAUGCCAUUACACGUGCCACGUGCCAUUACACGUGCCACGUGACACCUAUCAGCUGAUAUAAUUCCAUCAUGUGUUUUGCACCGAUAUUGUAUGUGUACAGUGUGCGUAUCCAAGUUUUUAUAUACUGAGGUUUGAGUUAACUAAAUUAAAGAGUAAUACAUUUUUGUUUCGUAAAGAUUGCACUUACCAAACACGAAUAGAAUUGUUAACAUUUUUAACUCACGUAAAAUUAACUUAUUAAGAUAAAAUAAAAUGCAGAUUAACUUUCACCUAAGAAUUAAGUAACAACUGUAAACACAACUGUAGUUGUGUGGAUGAAGUUAAUUAUUAUUACGAUGUAAGUUUACUUUCAUUACAAAUAUUGCUGCUUCCUAUUCCAACCUAAUUCGUAUAAUGUUCAGAAUUGCAAGUUUUAAA